GAGAUAUAUAUAUAUAUAGAUAGAUAGAUUAGAUAUAUAGAUAAUAUAGAAGACGGAAUAUUUGCCUGUUAACUUGUUGAAAAUUUAAGUGUUGAAAUAAUAAAGAAAAUGAAAAUGCAAGAAGAAGGCGGAAAGAGGAGAAAGUAUCCCUAAAGAACCACAAUCAUUUUCUGAGGACUAGUACAUUAACAUUGUACACAAAGGUAUCACCACGCCCCUUGGACCACACCCCGUUUACCCCCAAUUUCGAAAUCUGGCGCUCGCUCGACAGCUAGCGACAGGUGUAAGCAAGAGAUCCAGCCAAGCCAGCCGCGCGAAUUUGUUAUGCAAUCGCUUGUCGAUGUCAUUUUGAACACGUCGCAGGUGGCACUUUUCGAAAAUGUCUCGUCGUGGUGGGAGGCAGCCCUUCAAUCCCAGAGCUGGAUUUCAGAGAACCAAUAAUAAUAAGGAAGAUGAUGGAAAAGGUGUUUCGAAUGUCAUCCUCAAACAAGCACGCUCCAGUGGACAAUUGAAUUUAUCUAACCGUUCACUCACAACUGUUCCUCAGUCAGUAUGGAAUAUCAACAUAGACGUCCCCCCUGAAGCAAAGAACGUAGCAUUGGACAACCAGGAUGAGAGAUGGUGGGAUCAGACUGAAUUGGUGAAGCUCAUUCUCGCUUCAAACAAACUCGAAGAACUCGCAAAUGAUAUCCAACAGCUGCCUGCUCUUACUGUGCUAGAUGUUCACGACAAUAAGCUAACUUCUUUGCCAACCGCGAUUGGAGAACUCCGGAACUUGCAGAGAUUGAAUAUAAGCCACAACUGUUUAACAGAGCUUCCAUCACAGAUAUCCCAGCUCCAUGAUCUUCUUUUCCUUCAUGUUCAGCAUAAUAAGAUCAGUGUUCUCCAAGAUGGUCUAGGUGACCUUAACCACCUGGAAAACUUGGAUGUAUCUAAUAACCAGCUUAGAGAUCUGCCUGAAUCAAUCGGGAGCCUGCGUAAAUUGAAGAGUCUGAACACAUCCGAGAAUCAACUACUGCUGGUCCCAUCGACCAUUGGUAACCUAAAAGGAGUUCGGAUGCUAGAACUGAGCAGCAACAGACUGACUGCACUACCCGAGGAGAUGGGUUACAUGUCAUCGUUAGAGCAGCUCCAUAUAAAGUCCAACAAAAUUACAUCUCUACCUCCUUUCACCAAAUGCAAAGAUCUGAAGGAACUCCAUGCUGGUAAUAACAAUAUUUCAGAGCUGAGUGUUGGGCUGCUUCAGUCCCUAUCAUCUCUCAAUGUAUUAGAUCUGAGAGAUAACAAGAUAACCACCAUUCCCGAAGACAUGAUAAAGGUUACUACUCUCACCAGACUCAAUAUUGCCAACAAUAAUGUUUCAAGUCUACCUUAUAAGCUUGGUAAUCUAACAUCACUAAGAGCUAUGGUUCUAGACGGAAAUCCACUUCGUAGUAUCAGGAGAGAUAUUGUCAAUAGGGGCACAAUGGAGCUGAUGAAGUACUUGAGGAGUCGCAUAGAGGAGACUCCGGAGGAUACACCCGACAGCUCGUCAGCUUCCGAUCCAUCAAGUGUUAUAGGCCGGACAGAGGCAGUGGCUGGCAAGACCUUGGACUACAGUAAUAAGAAGUCGGGAACAAUACCAGUCUCUUUAUGGGAACCUGCCAAGGAAAGCGGAGUCACUGCCGUCAACUUCAGCAAGAACAUGCUUACACAAGUACCAGAAAAUUUGAUCUUACUUCAUAAAACUGUGGUGGAUGUGAAUCUGAGUGUUAACAAGAUACCAGCUCUUCCCGUUGAGAUGCAGAUGAUGGUUAACAUCACAAGACUUGAUCUAGGGAGCAACGGUCUAAGCACCAUCCCCUCCGAGCUUGAGACAAUGACCGGGAUGCGGGAGCUCGUCAUCUCCUACAACCGCUUCACAAAGAUUCCCGACGUUGUCUUCACCUGGUCCAAUCUUGAGAAUCUGUUGGCCAAUGGUAACCAGAUCGGAGAAAUAGACCUGACUGGUCUAAAACGCCUUACCAAGAUAUCUUCACUCGAUCUACAGAACAAUGACAUUGGGGAGGUUCCUCCUGAACUGGGAACAGUAACCAGUCUCAGGUCUCUUUUGCUUGCUGGUAACCGGUUUAGGAACCCACGGCCAGCCAUCCUCAACAAAGGAACCGUCGCUCUACUAGCUUACCUUCGAGACAGGAUCCCAACGUAACAAGCUCUCGCUCAGGGAUACACUGAUAUAAUAAAACAAAUAGUGCAUAUCAUUAAGGGCAUCAGUAAGAAUUAUACACACAAGGUGCAUUGGGAACAGUUCUAUCAUUUGGACUGUUACAAAGCUAAGAUGUGUUGGUUAAUAUUCUAAUGACCAAGCGAUAUGUGUAUUAUACCCCAACAAAAAGUUUAUUUGAAUCAAUAGAGAAAAAUCCAACAAGCAUAACACUGAAAAUUUCAUCAAAAUCGGAUGUGAAAUAAGAAAGUUAUGACAUUUUAAAGUUUCGCUUAAUUUCACAAAACAGUUAUGUGCACAUCCUGGCUGGUAUGCAAAUGAGACUAUGACGUCAUCCACGCACUAUUUCUUUUGUAUUUUAUUAUAUUAAAUAUUCUAAUUUUCUCCUCAUUGUCAAGUGAUACGAUUAAUUCCUCCCUAAACAUGUGGAAUUAGCAUUGUUUAAUACUAUAUGGUUCAGUCAAGUUGGUCCUUAUUGUCAAAUCUAUAAAAAAAUGAAAUAUUGUAUAAUUCAAACAAUAAAAAACAAAAGAAAUAGUGAGUGAUGGACAUCAUCGACUGACUCACCUACAUGUAGUUGUGCAUAUCACUGUUUUGUGAAAAAUAAGCGAAACUUUAAAAUGUCAUAACUUUCUUAUUUUACAUCCGAUUUUGAUGAAACUUUCAGCACUAUGCUAGUUAGAUUUUUCUCUAUUUAUUUAAGUCAGCAUUUUCCUGGGGUGGACUUGACCUUUAACCCUAAAAGGACUGGGCUAUUUGAGAUGUAUUGAGGACUGAUCUCAGCCGCUGUUUGCGUCAAAAUUUGGCUAUCAGGGAGUUUUUAAAGUUCAUCAGGGAAUUUUGUCUUCUUGAAAAGCUGGGAACCCCGAGAUUAAGGUCAUAGUUACACUGCCACCUACAAGUUUAAUUGCAAUUGCCUGCUGAUUAAAACAGAUUUUUUUAGGGGAAGGGGAUAGAGAUGGGUCAAAGUUCAGCAAAUUAAUGCUUUACUUUUCUCUGAUUCAAAUGGUUUUGUCCUAGAAUCACAACACUGAAUUAGAUUUAUUUAUAAUAAUAAUAAUAACGCAGUUCUUGUAUAGUGCAUAUCACAUUAUGUCAUAAUGUGAUAUGCGCAUGUAUUCACUAUGCAAUGAAAUAAAAAGAUGUAUGCUAAAAGAAUAAAUGAUUCAUGGCUAUUGUACUUGUUGAUAUAAUAGAUAAAUGUUACGAUAUCAUGAGACUCCUAUCAUUUACAUCAAGUCUGCAUGUUGUGUAUUCAUUGUGUAACAUUAGUACAUUAUUUUAUGAUGUAGUUUGUAUGAUUUAUACAUGUAAUCCUACUUAAAUCACUUUAUAUAAAACCCUAUUCUUUUAGUUUCAUUUAAAAUUGAUUUCUCACAUAUAAUGCAAAGCUUAUUGCUACAUUCCACGUCACAGCAAAUGGAUUUAAGAAUACUCUUCAUAUUCCUUGGUUAAAAUGAAUUCCAUUUCUUUCUUAUCCCUUUUCAUUUUGAUAUGUUAAAAUUUGUACCGUUUGUUUCAUUUCUGUCGGCUUUCGAGCAUGAUUGAAAAAUUGACCCAGCUUUCCGAAUUCCCUCUAUGAAAAAUCCUAAUGAGACUCCAAAAUGUUCUUUUGAACUUCUGUAUUCAUGCAUAUUGAUAUUUUCAUCAGUUAUUUGUGUCAGAAUAUGGGAUUCUGCAUACAAACAUAUGUGGUGUAAACUGUUAAAAUGCCUUUCUUAUUAACAUUAUUAUAAAUCAUCAUUAAGAUUGUAUGAUUGUGCCAUCCAUAAACAAUAUAUUGUAGAUAAGAAUGUAAAAUCAAAUAACUAUUCCUAUAAAUAUGUAAAAUGUAAUUAGGCACUAAAUUUUAUAUAAAUGUUUUAAUUUAUCAUGUAUAUACAUGCAUAUUUUGCAUAUAAUUCUUGAUUUGCAGUACUUCUCAAAAUGCUCGUGUACUGCUUCUAGGCUGUUCCAUUUAUUUACAUGCACAUCCAAAUCAGUUUAUAUUAUCUAUGCUUGGCGUGCAUGCAGUACAAUUCUUUUUUGCAAGUACUUUUUUAUAUGCUUGUGUGUGAAACAAAUAAAUUGCUCCUUAUAUGUAAAAAAAAAU